AUGGAGGAGGAGGAGAAUGUGCUCAUGCAGGGGGAGGAAGAAGAGGAGGGGGAGGACCUGGCCAUAGGAAUGGAGCACGUGGUCAUGGACAAGAAAGCGGAAGAGGAUGACUUGGAUGAGGAGGAGGAGGGCAAGGCCAAGUCCUCCUCCACCUCCAUGGCCAGGUCCCCCUUGCCCAGAUGCGAACUAACUGAGGAGCUACCCCAGGACUCUGGGCCCAGCUCUGUCCUCUCCAGCUCCAUGGACCGCACCUCCGCGCUGCGCUCCCUGGCCGGCCGCUGCCACUGUGGGCUACAAAGGAGCGAUGCCGGGGGCAGGCUGAGGUGGCUGCUGCGCCUGUGGAGGGAGGAGGCGCAUGGCAGCCUUCCCUCCUCCCCCCCCACCCGGCAGGUGACUCUGAGUCGAAUCCGAGGGAGCUGGGGGCUUAUCCUGGCAGGACCUCCUGAGCAGCAGCCUGGCGGGGCUUGGGGGCGGGUGAGCUUCGAGGAGGUGGCUGUGUAUUUCACCGCGGGGCAUGGGGCUCUGCUAGACCCCGCUCAGAGAGCCCUCUACAGAGACGUCAUGCAGGAGAACUAUGAGAACGUGACCUUGCUGGGUGCUGGGAUGGUGAGUGAGGAGAAGCAGCAGAAUCCUCAGCAGGAAGAUUCUGAGCAAGUGGCACCACAUGGGGGAUUAUCGCACGGCUCCAGAGGGAAUGUGUCCCGGCAUCGUGUGCAGAGGGAGCAGAGAAACCAGCCAGCGGAGAAAGUGGGUAACUCUAUUAAUUGUCAGGGAACUCACCAGGACCUCCUUGAAACCACAGCCCAGCCGAGAAUACCCACAGGAGAGAGAAAAAACACAUGCACUGAGUGUGGAAAACAUUUCACUAACCACUCAGGCCUUUUAAAACAUCAGAGAAUCCACACAGGAGAGAGACCCCAUGAAUGCAGUGAGUGCGAGAAAACCUUCACUCUGAGCUUUACCCUUAGUAACCAUCAGAGGAUCCACACAGGAGGGAAACCCUACGAAUGCUGUGAGUGUGGGAAAAGCUUCACGGUCAACUCAGACCUUAUUGGACAUCAGAAUAUCCACAAGGGAAAGAUACCUCAUCAGUGCUCUGAGUGUGGAAAAACAUUCACACAGAGUUCAGCUCUUAUUACACAUCAGAGGAUCCACACUGGAGUGAGACCCUAUGAAAUUUGGUGUCCAGUUUCCAAACCUGAUGUGAUCUCCCAGCUGGAACGAGGGGAGGAGCCGUGGGUUCCGGAUCUCCAGGGCUGUGAAGAAGGAGAGAUCCCCAGAGGUGCCUGCGCAGGUGCUGGGAUGGUGAGUGAGGAGAAGAAGCAGAAUCCUCAGCAGGAAGAUUCUGAGCAAGUGGCACCACAUGGGGGAUUAUCGCACGGCUCCAGAGGGAAUGUGUCCCGGCAUCGUGUGCAGGGCAAAGCCUCCCAGCCGAGAAUACCCACAGCAGAGAGAAAAAACACAUGCACUGAGUGUGGAAAACAUUUCACUAACCACUCAGCCCUUUUAAAACAUCAGAGAAUCCACACAGGAGAGAGACCCCAUGAAUGCAGUGAGUGCGAGAAAACCUUCACUCUGAGCUCUACCCUUAGUAACCAUCAGAGGAUCCACACAGGAGAGAAACCCUACGAAUGCUGUGAGUGCGGGAAAAGUUUCACUGUCAACUCAGACCUUAUUAGACAUCAGAAUAUCCACAAGGGAAAGAUACCUCAUCAGUGCUCUGAGUGUGGAAAAACAUUCACACAGAGUUCAGCUCUUAUUACACAUCAGAGGAUCCACACUGGAGUGAGACCCUAUGAGUGCCAUGAAUGCAGGGAAAAAUUCAGUGUCAAGACAGCCCUCAAUACACAUCAGAGGAUCCACAUGGGAGAGCACCCGUAUGAGUGCUGUGAGUGUGGGAAACUGUUCUGUCAGAAAUCAACCCUAAUUACACAUCAGGCAAGGCAUACAGGAGAGAGACCCUAUCAGUGCUGUGAGUGCGGGAAGGGCUUCAGUGUGAGCUCGGACCUCAUUGUACAUCAGAGAAUUCACAUGGGAGAGAGACCUUAUAGAUGCUGUGAGUGCGGGAAAAGUUUCACCCGGGGCCCACCCCUUACAAGACAUCAGGGUGUUCACAGGACAGCAAUGCAGCGUAGAAACAUUGUGUAG